GGAUUAUUGUAUGUUUACCCCAGAGCCAGCACUGCUAUUCCAAUGAGCUAGAGUUUGCUCCCUGAAAUGCCCACACUGGCCCCCUUGCCUUUCUCUAGACCCAGUUCCCAACUGUGAAAGAUGUGAUGGAGUUUUACUUGGAGAUCGACCCUGUCACCUUGAACCUGAUCAUCCUAGUAGCAAGCUACGUCAUCUUGCUCUUGGUAUUCCUCAUCUCCUGCGUGCUGUAUGACUGCCGAGGCAAGGACCCCAGUAAGGAGUACGCUCCUGAGACCACUCUUGAUGCCCAGCCCUCCAUCCACUUGGUGGUGAUGCAGCAGAGCACGUCAGGGGACCUCUGGGCAAGGAGGCCCAGCCUUCAUUUUGGGGAUCCUGUUCCAUUAGGGAAGAAAAGCACAAUGGUGUGAGGUCGGCCAAGGGCUACUGGGGAGAGAGCACUAGACAUUCUGGACAAACUGUUCUCCACGUGGCUGCGCUGGUCUUGCUGGGCUAUGUAAGCGGGAGUUCUGCCUUACCUUCUACGUUCUUGUCACCCUCUUCGUGGAUGAAGCAAACAUUUAAGAGACAGAACAUGAACAGGGGAGGGGCAGAGAGAGAGAGACACAG